GCUGUUGUUGCUAUGAUACCGUUUCUAUAUUUAUAACUUGGCGGGGGUUGACUUUAAAAUCAUUUCACAGCAAGUCCAUCACUGUGACGUCAGUGAAAUUUGUUGAAAUCUCAGUGAGAUACAUAGGUAGGCAGAGUAAGAGGGAGAGUGAGAUGGCUAUCUGCAGUGGGCAAGCGGUAUGACUGCAAACGCCAAUAGCUCCACCAGAUGACUCCAUCCAGGCAUGUUGCAGCAGUGUGAUAUUUCCAACAAGCGAUACCGGGCGCUCUGGUCAGUGGAUUUAAUCAAAAGUCACGAAGCCUUGCUCAACGCAGCCCGGAGAGAUGCUGUCAUCUUGCUCAAAUCAAUUGGAAAUGCAUCCAAACAGUGGAUCAGCAGACCUUCCAAUAUCCUGCUCCUCUACUACCGCUGGAAGUGGGCUGAUGCUCUUAAUGACAUUGUCAAUUUGUACCGAAGAUGGAAUGGUACAGAAUCUGCAGAAGCAACUAAUAGCAUCACCACUCUUCGUCACAACUGGAGCGGAAAAGUAUAUGAGCUCCAUCGAAAAGGUGUUACUGAUAUUGAACUGAAUUCUAUUGAGCAGCAACAUGUGAAAUUUAUCUCAGAAUUUAUAUAUUUACAGAAAAAAAAUUUACGCCAUGCAGCGGUCACCACUGAGGAAUUGAUACACAUGCAUAACAAAGAAAGCCAAACCGUUGGGAGCUGUAUUUCUGAAUCCAGUGCUGAGUCCUUAUUCUGCGUGUUUCCAGAAUCACUGGUCUGUUUGGAAAUGUUCUGCAAAGAUGUUUUGGAGCUCUCAGAGGAAUUAUACAAGAACUCUGUCCAUGUCCUGGAAUCAAAUGGAACAGUUCUGCCUGAUCCUGAUCAGGAAUGGUGGAAAAUAAAUCUUCCAGAUUGGAUGCAGUACAUCAAUCAGGUCUUGCCUGCAUUAGAGGACACAAUUAUUAGUAUUCAGAACAUAACACAUCAGUUUCUGGAAUAUUUUAAAACAACUUCUAUUGCUUGUAGCCUGAAGAGUCAUCCUGACAUGGGGUACUACAUCAGUGACUACAGUUUUAAAGAGGCAUAUAUGAAGAAAGUGUGGCACUUGUAACGAAUGUAUGAAAAGUUAUAUAAAAGUUAUAUAGUGGUAUACAUUCUGCUCAAGAUUGAGAGAAAAUAUUAAAUGUAAGUAAAAACAAGACAAAAAAAGUGGUCAGCUGAGCUGUCAUUUUAUUCAUCUCUUCCCACAGAAGAUUGAAGGAAAAUGUUGAAUAUUUUAUCACUUUGGAAGUUGAGCCAAUGCAAUUACUGCCACUGAAGUUUGCUUUCAAUAAAGUUGAAAUAUCUGGAUCUGUAUUUUCAAAUGA